AUGGACGCCAACGCUCAUCGCGAGAAGAAAGGCAUCGUCACGAGCAACGAGCCGCGAACAGCUACCGUGGUGGAUAGCCAGCAUGACGUCGUCCUGACGCCACCCAGCCCGGCCGUGUCCACGUCGCUCGAAAGAGGCGACCGUAGACUGAUGCCCGCUGUCGCUCUUCUCGCCACGUUCGCCGGCUUCGUGUGCUUGGCGACCAUGGCGUACGCCUUCCUGCGACCGAAGCCUCUGGUGGCACAACCUGAAUGCGACAGCGACGACUGCUUCCAGCACGCGUACAUGCUCAUCUUUGGCCUCAACCGAAGCACUGACCCGUGCGCCGACUUCGGCGAGUACGUGUGUUCUGCCUGGUUCACCACGUCCAUCUAUUCGUUCAACACGCAACAGGAUCGCUGGUACAAAUGGAUCCAGGAGUCGGGUCGACUUUUGGGAUCGCUGCGCAUGCACCGCACGAACGAAGCCAUAGCCAAAGCCAUAGCGUUUUUCAAUCUCUGCCUCAAGAUCAGUGCGAUCUCGUCGCCGGACAACGUAAGGCUUCUGCAGCAGUUUCUAAAGGAAAGAAAGAUCGCGCCACCUGUUGGUGAAUCAGCGAUGCAGCCCCUAGCCCACCCGCUUGACGUCCUACUCGACUUGUCCAUCAACUGGCAGAUGCCAUUCUGGUUCAACGUGCGUGUUCUCAGGACUAAUGGCAGCGCGCUUGGAAUCCUCGUGAGUCCUGGUCAUUACGAGGUCUUCUGGGAGAUAGCCGUGGAGAAGUUCAUCACGGAACCCGAUUUCGAAGAGCCUGGAGAAGUGACCAAAGCUGGCAUCGCCAACGCUACGGGUGACUUUUUCGUGGACAGCGCUAUAUUGUCGGAGCUGAGAAAGGCCGUCAUCAGCCCGCCAAAAUCGCAGCCCGUGGCCGUCCGCAUCAAGGAAAUUUCCGGCCUCACACCAAUCGUGACGUCCGGGCAGUGGCUCCAGUUUCUCAGGAAGCACCUGGAGCCCACUUUCGCUGUCACCGGUGAAUCUCAGAUAUUGCUGCAAGACCAAUCCUUGCUAGUUACCGUGAACAGACUGCUCGAAAAAUACGAGCACAGUGACAUCUUGGCGCACAUUGGUCGACUAGUGAACCGAACUGUCGGAAACGUAAUUACCAGGAAGAUGCCGAGCCCGGCGUACGACGAAUAUGCCUCGAUCUCGCCUCUGACGAACGUCAGCUACCCCUGCGAAGUCCUAGUCGAAGACACGUUCAGACUGCCGAUCGCCGCACAACACAUCGCGAAGAGGAAGCUGAACCUCCACCGUGCCGCCAUCGAUGACCUCAUCGGUGAUGUCAUGAGAGCCACCAUUUCGCUCGUGAGCGCCAGUGACUGGAUGAGUGCCGAUUCGAAGCAUGAGGCUAUCAAGAGAGUACAAGACACGGCCAUUCAUCUCUGGCCUCGCGAGCCAAUAAUUCACGACGAGGAUGCGUUGAAUAGCCUGUACGGGACCUUUCCAUCUGGCGGUGAUAUCUACUUCGACCAGCUGCUGCUGGUUCGAAACGCAACGCGCGAGGCGCUGGGAACGCCAGCGUACGCGGAUUUGCAGGGCAUACCUCACGGCGGUCGGGAUCCGUACAUCACCUACGACACAUUCAGCAAUUCCAUCAACUUGGCCGUGGGCGCUGUGCUUCCUCCGCUGUUUUACCCGAGCGCCACCAAGAGCAUCAACUACGGGGGCAUAGCAUCUCUGCUUGCGCCCCUGGUCGUAGGCUUGCUCAACACAUCCUCGGUGGCUGCUAACAUGACUGGGUGGGCGGUGACCAAUGGUGACCCGUUCCCGACGCGAGCCGCGUGCAGCGUCUCCGUAGAAAAUCACGACGCUUACCCGGAUGUCGCUGCCAUCGAAGUCGCCUACAGGGCCUACCAGGACGCCCUCGAGCACGAUGGCAUGUCACACGACAUUCGAAUACGCUCGCUCGAGGAAUUUUCGGCCGAGCAGAUUUUCUUCAUGACUCUCUGUUACAAUACGUGUAGAUUAGAGCGUGGCACUAAAACUUCCAAGGUUUGCAAUGCACUGCGAGACUUCGAGCCGUUCGCCGCAGCAUUCAAGUGUCCCAAAGGCUCGUUCAUGAAUCCGGAAAAGAAGUGCGGCUUUUUUCAUUAG